UUUUGGGGGGAUUUGGGGAGUUUUGGGGAUCUUUGAGUGGAAUUGGGGUUUUUUUAAGGGAAUUUUGAGGAAUUUUGUGGGAAUAUUGAGGAUUUAUGAGGGGAAUUUGAGGGAAUUUUGUGGGAAAAAGUUGGGAUUUAUGAGGGAAUUUUGUGGGAAUUUGGGGGAAUUCUGUGGGAUUUUGGGAUUAUUUUGGGGAUUUGGGGAUAAUUUUUAGAAUUUGAGGUAAUUUCUGAGGGGAUUUUGGGAUAUUUGUGGAAAAUUUUGUGGAAUUUUUAGGAAUUUUAAUGAAUUUCAACAAUUUGGGGAAAAUUUGUGUGAAUUUAAUUGGAAAUUUUGGCCAAAUUUAUCCAAAUUUCUCAAAAAAAUUCCAUGAUUCCCAUCCAAAAUCUUUGAAACCCACAAAAUUUCACCAAAAAAAACCCCAAAUUUUUAAUUUUUCCCCUUUUUUUUUCAGCUCCCCCCAUCCCAAACACCCCAAAAAUUCCCAAAAAAUUCCCAAAAAAAUGGAUUGAGGCCCCUCCCCCCCCCUUGGAUGGACCCCUGGAAUUUGGGGGGAUCCCAAAAUGGGGGAUUCGGAAAAUCCCGGGAAUCCCCCCAAGGAGGAGGAGGAGGACGAGGAAGAGGAGGAGGAAGAGCUGGACCCCCGGAUCCAGGAGGAGCUGGAGCACCUGAACGAGGCCAACGCUGAAAUCAACCGGGGGGAGCUGGAGCUGGAUGCCGCGCGCUGCCGCUACCGCCGGGCGCUGUCGGAGUCCCUCCCAGUCCCUCCCAGUUCAAACCAGUCCCAAACUGGUUUUCCCAGUCCCUCCCAGUUCAAACCAGUCCCAAACUGGUUUUCCCAGUCCCUCCCAGUUCAAACCAGUCCCAAACUGGUUUUGUCCCCCCUGCCCGGCCGCGCGCUGCCGCUACCGCCGGCGCUGUCGGAGUCGGCGCGGCGCCUGAACGCGCAGGGCUCCCAGCUGGGCUCCUGCAUCGACCGUGCCCGGCCCUACUACGAGGCGCGCCGCAGGGCCAAGGAGGCGCAGCAGGAGACGCAGCGGGCGGCGCUGCGCUACGAGCGCGCCGUGGGCAUGCACAACGCGGCGCGCGAGAUGGUCUUCGUGGCCGAGCAGGGUCAGAUGGGCACCGGCAAGAACCGCCUGGACCCCACCUGGCAGGAGAUGCUCAACCACGCCACCAGGAAGGUGAACGAGGCGGAGCAGGAGCGGCUGGAGGCGAGCGGGGAGCACCAGCGCGUGACGCGGCUGUGCCAGGAGGCCGAGGCCGAGGUGCAGCGGCUGCAGAAAUCGCUGCGGCGCGACAUCGCCCGCAGCCGGCCCUACUUCGAGCUCAAGGCCCAGUUCAACCAGCGCCUCGAGGAGCACAAAUCCCGGGUGAACUCCCUGGAGUCCGCCGUGUCCCAGGCCAAGCUGCGCUACGCGGUGGCGCUGCGGAACCUGGAGCAGAUCAGCGAGGAGAUCCACGCCCGCCGCUUCCAGAGGAUCCUGCGGAGGAAAAAACUCCGGGAAAACCCCCUGGGCGCCGAGGGCGGCGCCGGCAACCCCGAAAUCCCCGGGAUUCCCAGGGAAAACCUCGGAAUUCCCGGAGAAAACCGCGGAAUUCCUGGAGAAAACCUCGGAAUUCCCGGAGAAAACCCCAAAAUUCGUGGAGAAAACCUCGGAAUUCCUGGAGAAAACCUCGGAAUUCCCGGAGAAAGUCACAAAAUUUGUGGAGAAGUCCCCGGAAUUCCGAGAGAAAAUCACAGAAUUCCUGGAGAAAUCCCUGGAAUUCCGAGAGAAAAUGCCAAAAUCUGUGGAGAAAUCCCCGGAAUUCCGAGAGAAAACUGCAGAAUUCCUGGUGAAAUCCCUGGAAUUCCGAGAGAAAAUCACAGAAUUCCCGGAGAAAUCCCUGGAAUUCCAAGAGAAAAUAAUGGAAUUCCUGAAGAAAUCCCUGGAAUUCCAAGAGAAAACUCUGAAGUUCACGGAAUUCCCGGAGAAAUUCCUGGAAUUCCAAGAGGAAACCACAGAAUUCCUGGAGAAAUCCCCGGAAUUCCAAGCGGAAAUCUCGGAAUUCCCGGUGAAAAUCCUGGAUUUUCCACUGAAAUCUCGGCUGGAACGGGAAGAAUUCCCGGAAUUCCGGGCCAAAAUCUCGGAAUUCCGACUGAAAUUCCUGAUAAUCCCAGAGAAAUCCCGGCCAGAACGAGAAUUCCUGGAAUUCCGAGAGAAAACCCCGGAAUUCCCAGCGAAAAUCUUGGAAUUCCUGGUGAAAUCCUGGCUGGAAUGGGUGGAAUUCCAAGACAAAACCCCGAAAUUCCUGGAAUUCCGAGAGAAAACCCCGAAAUUCCUGGAAUUCCAAGAGAAAAUCCCGGAAAUUUCAGCGAAAAUCCUGGAAAUUUCACGGAAAACCCCAAAAAUUCCAGCUCCCACCUCCUCUGGAACCUGCGGAAUUCCCGGAAUUCCAAGGGAAAUCCUUGGAAUUCCCAACGAGAACCCCAAAAAUUCCGGCGCGCUCCCCCCGGGGAGGUGCGGAAUUCCCGGAUUUCUGCCGGAAAUCGCCGGGAUUCCGUCGGAAGCGCCCGGAAUUCCGCGGAAAUCUGCAGCUCCGGGGAUUCGCUGUCGCUGCUGAGCCUGCAGACCAUCGCCUCGGACCUGCAGAAGUUCGACUCCGUGGAGCAUUUGUCGGGAAUUCCGGGAAUUUCGGGAAUUGCGGAUGCGCUGAGCCUGCACAGCGAGGAGCUGGGGGAGGGCCGGGAGAGGCCCCGCGGCUUUCGGCACCACCGGAGCGUCAGCCUGUGAGGGAACGGGGGAAAUCCGGGAAUGCCGAGGGGGAAAUCCCGGGAAAAUUCCGAGGGAGUCACGGGAAGGCUUGGGAAGUCUGGAAAAUCCCAAAAAGUCCCAAGGAAAUCCCAAAAAAUUCCAAAGAGAUCCUGAAAAAUUUGAGGAGUCUCAAGGAAAUCCCAAAAAAAUUUCAAGGAAAUCCCGAAAAAUUCCAAGGGAAUCCCAUAAAGUCCCAAGGAAAUCCCAAAAAGUCCUGGGAAAUCCCAAGGGAAUCGCAAAAAAUUUCAAGGAAAACCUGAAAAAUUUCAGAAAUCCCAAGGAAAUCCCAAAAAUUCCAAGGGAAUCCCACAAAAUCCUGGGAAAUCCCGAGGAAAUCCAAAAAAAUUCUGAGGGAGUCCCACAAAGUCUUGGGAAGUCUGGAAAAUUCCAAAAAGUCCCAAAGAAAUCCCAAAAAAAUUCCAAGGAGAUCCUGAAAAAUUUGAGGAGUCCCAAGGAAAUCCCGAAAAAUUCCAAGGAAAUCCCAAAAAGCCCCAAGGAAAUCCCACAAAAUCCUGAAAAAUCAGAAGGAAAUUCCAAAAAAUUUCAAGGAAAACCUGAAAGAUUUCAGAAAUCCCAAGGAAAUCCCCCAAAAUUCCAAGGGAAUCCCAUAAAAUCCUGGGAAAUCUGAGAAAUCCCGAGGAAAUCCCAAAAAAAUUCUAAGGGAGUCCCGCAAAGUCUUGGGAAGUCUGGAAAAUCCCAAAAAGUCCCAAGGAAAUCCCAAAAAAUUCCAAGGAAUCCCAUAAAGUCUUGGGAAAUCUGGAAAAUCCCAAAAGGUCGCAAAGAAAUCCCAAAAAGUCCCAAGGAAAUCCCACAAAAUCCUGGGAAAUCUGAGAAAUCCCAAGGAAAUCCCAAAAAAUUCCAAAGAAAUCCCAAAAAUUUCCACUGGAAUCCACAGAAUCCUGGGAAUUCUGAGAAAUUUCAAGGAAAUCCUGAAAAAUUUGAGAAAUCCCGAGGAAAUCCCAGAAAGUUUCCAGGAAAUCCCACAAAAUCCUGGAAAAUCCUAAAAAAAUUCCAAGAAAAUCCCGAAAAAUUGAGAAAUCCCAAGGAAAUCCCCCAAAAAUUCCAAGGAAAUCCCAAAAAAUUCCAAGAAAUCCCCAAAAAGUCACAAGAAAUCCCAAAGAAAUCCCACAAAAUCCUGGAAAACCCCCCAAAAAUUCCAAGAAAAUCCAAAAAAAAUUGAGAAAUCCCAAGGAAAUCCCAAAAAUUCCCAAAAAAUCCCACUGAAUCCUCAGGAAAUCCUGGAAAAUUUUUAAAAAAUCCUAGAAAAUCCUAUGGAAAUCCUGAAAAAUUCCAGGAAAAUCCCUUCAGAUGCUGAAAAAUCCCACAAAAAACCCAAAUUUGAGUUUUUUGGGGAAUAAAUCUCCAAAAUCGGGAUUUUUUUGGGACUAAAUCCUCAGAAUUUGGAUUUUUUUGGGGACUAAUUUCCUGGAAUUUGAGAUUUUUUGGGAAUAAAUCUCCCAAAUUCGGGAUUUUUUGGGAGUAAAUCCCCCAAAUUUUGGAUUUUUUUGGGACUAAAGCCCUGGAAUUUGGGAAUAAAUCCCCAAAAUUUGGGAUUUUUUGGGAAUAAAUCCCUGAAAUUUUGGAUUUUUUGGGGAAGAAAUCCUUGGAAUUUGGGAUUUUUUGGGAAGAAAUCCCCAAAAUUUUGUAUUUUUUUGGGAAUAUAAAUCCCCAAAAUUCGGGAUUUUUUGGGAAUAAAUCUCCAAAACUUGGGAUUUUUUUGGGAAGAAAUCCUUGGAAUUUGGGGAUAAAUCCCCAAAAAUUGUGAUUUUUUUGGGAACUAAACCCCUAAAAUUUGGGAAUUUUGGGCCUCCCACCCCCCAAAAUCCCAAUUUCCCCCCAGAAUUCCCAACUUUUUUUUGGGAUAAUUCCCCUUUUCCGCCCAAAACGGCGCCAGGAGCCCAAUUGCACUAAAGGGGGGGUCAGGAAUUUUGGGGAAUUUUGGGAAUUUUUGGGAAUCUUGGGGGUGGGGCUGUGAUGAGAACCCCCCCAGGUUCGAGGCAGCCCCGGGAAUUUCCACAAAUUUCACCAAAAAAAUCCCAAAAAUUCCCCAAAAAAUCCAGGAAUUCCGGGAAAAUUCAGGAAUUUGGGAAUUUUGGGGGGGAAAAAAUCCCGGAAAAAUGUUGAUAUCAAUAAAAUUCCUUCUUGUUGUAA